CAAAAAGUCAGCGUCGAGGGCCGCCUGCACACGACCUUAGAUUCGUACCACGGUCGAACGCAAAAGGGCUUUUACAAUGGUCUCGUCAACAGUCAACGUCGUCCGGUACACGGCUCUUUUCUCAGGUAUCGCUUAUGGGUGGUACCACCGCCGAACUCUCCAAACGGCCCACGACCAACACAAGCUGGAGCAUGCGGUCCACCAUAGGGAACAAUUGGUUGCGGAAGCCAAGGACGCAUGGAAAAGAAAGCAGCAGAGCUCCAUAAAAGAUACCACCCUUAUCAACGACCCAGAGGAUCCUCGGUUCGACUUAGAGAAGCUGAUAGCGCAUUGGGAAAAGAGCACAUAAUUCUGUAUCUAAUCUUCUUUCGGCCUGGCUGCGUAUAGAUUAUUGCUUCAAUGUUUUUCACAACACCCCGACGUUGCGAGUACACGUCUAGAGAGAGGGUCUCCGUAAAAUAAUUUGUGCCAAUGACAUGGUAAUAGUAUGAAAUGGUC